AUGGCUACCACAGAUGAACAGAACAUUAAUAUUGGCAGCACCAACCAUGCACUAACUCAAGAACAAAAUUCAAGUGUACAGAAUGCAAAUGAUGGUAGCUGGAAAGCAAAAUUGAACAUACCUGAAAAAGACCACAGAAUAAGAACAUCAGAUGUCACAAACACAAAAGGAAAUGAAUUUGAAGACUUUUGUUUGAAGCGAGAACUGUUGAUGGGAAUUUUUGAGAAGGGCUGGGAUAAACCCUCUCCAAUUCAAGAGGCUAGCAUCCCUAUUGCUCUGACUGGGCGUGACAUUGUAGCCAGAGCUAAAAAUGGAACGGGUAAAACGGGAGCUUAUGCUAUUCCCAUACUUGAAAGAUGUGACCCCUGCAAAGAUGAAGUGCAAGCUUUGAUCAUUGUACCAACAAGGGAACUUGCUCUACAAACAAGUCAGAUCUGUCGGGAGCUGAGUAAGCAUGUUGGCAGCCAGGUCAUGGUUACAACGGGUGGUACAAAUCUCAAGGAUGAUAUUAUGAGACUUUACGAUCAAGUUCAUGUCAUUGUGGCCACUCCUGGAAGAAUUCUAGAUCUGCUGAACAAGAAUGUUGUUAAAAGCAGCAAGUGCCAAAUGCUAGUAUUGGAUGAAGGAGACAAAUUGUUAUCUCAAGACUUUAAAGAUAUGCUGGAUUCAAUCAUAAACCAUUUGCCUACUGACAGACAAGUCCUGCUUUAUUCUGCCACUUUCCCUAUAUCUGUACAACACUUCAUGAGAAAGCAUCUAAAUAAUCCCUAUGAAAUCAACCUUAUGGAUGAACUUACCUUGAAAGGUGUAACCCAGUAUUAUGCCUAUGUGAGAGAAAAACAAAAGGUCCACUGCUUAAAUACUCUCUUCUCAAAGUUACAGAUAAACCAGUCCAUUAUCUUCUGCAACACUGCACAGAGGGUAGAAUUGCUUGCCAAGAAAAUCACAGAACUUGGCUACUCCUGCUUCUACAUACACUCAAAAAUGAACCAGCAACAUAGGAAUCGUGUUUUCCAUGAUUUUCGUCAAGGUCUCUGCAGGAACUUAGUCUGCUCAGAUUUGUUUACCAGAGGUAUUGACAUACAGGCUGUGAAUGUAGUGAUAAACUUUGACUUUCCCAAAUAUUCAGAGACCUAUUUGCACAGAAUUGGCAGAUCUGGUAGAUACGGCCAUCUUGGCAUUGCCAUCAACCUCAUCACAUUUGAUGACAGGUUCAACUUGUUCAAAGUAGAAGAGGAAUUAGGAACUGAAAUCAAACCAAUUCCCAAGAUUAUUGACAAAGCACUUUAUGUUGCUGAAUAUCAUAUGGAAAAACCUGAAGGACCUGGAGAUUCCUGCCAACAGAUUUGUGCCCAACAGCAAAUAUACCCCCAACAGAUCAAAAAAUAA